UAAAUCUAUGGUAACAGACUAAGACAUGAACUACAAAGUAUUUCAUUCAAUCUUUUGUUGUCUUUAUCGAAUUAUUCAUUUUGCAAAUUGAACCUUUUAGAGCCGGUGAGCUGUGACUUGAGGUUAUUGAGGGGCAUGAAAUUCCACUUCUAGAGACAGUAUAGAAAUCAAAGAAAUGUGACGAUGUACAUCAAUUUGUUUCAAGAUUUUUUACAUCCUUCAAUCAAGUGGUAAUCAGAACAAAAAUGUGAAAUUUAUCCACAUAUUACUUUACAACGUACAUGCUUAAGCUAGUAAUAUGUUGUCGGACUGUUUAUGUCUUUCAUCGAUAACAGAGACAAUAGUAUGCAACGAAGGAUGAAAUUUCUCAGUCAAUGACAGAAGCGUUCUUGGACAAAAGAAAUUCCAAGUUUUUCAACAUGAAUCAAACCCUCUAACCUUCAAAUCAUUAUUUCAGACGCUUAACAUAUGCACUUUACAAAACUUGUCGUUAAUUGCAAGGUCAGGUAACAAGUUUCAUGUAACAGCUGUCCUGCACUAUUGACUGUGGAAGCUAUGCGUUUGCGCAAUGAAUCACAAAAAAAUGGGGGUUUCAAGCUUGAUGAAUUCAGUUAAAGGUGUAAGUUUUCAGUCAAUGACAAAAGUAAACAAUAGAACUUAUUGUCCAGAAUAAAGUUAAGUUUCCCAACACAAAAGAGUCUACAUCUGUAAAGCCGGUAGUUUAUCGAUUUCAGUCCAAUAUAUUUGAAUGAAAAUGUGAAACUAAUCCUCUGUUCUCUGUUUGUCUAGUUACCGGAAUUUGUAUGUCUCCUUUUUAUGAUCACCACACACUUCGUAUUUCGAGCAGAAUCUGUCCGUCGCGGUUCCUGUUCGCAAGAAAAAAAUAUUUGCGUGACUAUGGAUGGGGUUAAUGCCCGAAUACUUCCUGAGAUGCUUCCCAGUCGGAGAAAAUUUGUAAAUACUAUUCCCUGAUCUUCGCGGCCUCCGAAAUAUAUUGAGGCUUAUGUUGAUUGGUGGUGACACCGCACGCUUUACAAAGAAAGUCGCCAAAACAGCGUUAAAACGACCGUUGGCAACAAAGCGGGUACGGAAUAAAGGCUCGCCAGACGAAGUCCAUGGUUCUCUUCCUGAUUUAAUUUCUGCACGAAGGACGAAUUCGACAUGGAAGCAUUUAAUACGAGAGCGGUUUUCAUCGUGCUUGGGUUAUGUUGCUCGCUUUGCAUUAACUUCACUUGUGCGAACGGAGACAUGAAAAAGCCAAUUGUCGCCGGUCUUGUUCCCGUGCAUCAGAGGGAGAAUGGAGACUCGUGUGUUAAACCAGACUUACGCGGCAUCUUGACGGUCGAGGCCAUUUUGUUUGCUGUGAACAAAAUCAAUGAGAAGAAAAUUAUUUCUCCAAACAAAUCAUUAGGUUAUGAAAUCAGGGACACUUGUCCUCGGGCGGAUAAAGCUGCCAUGGACCUGGUGGUUAAUUCUCACCGACCUAAAGAUCAGUUUCUAGCUGCAGCUGUGGGCGAUCUACCUCAACAGCGUGACGAUACUGACGCAUUUUACCGCGCAUUGCUGAUCCUUUUCACCGGCCAAACGCCCCACAUGAGCUGCAUCGCUUCGACUUACCAAGUCAAGAGAAAGCUAGAUCUGAUAUCUCGCACAGAGUUUGUAUUUCAUGCAAUCGCGAGGGACAGAUCCAACCUAAGGGCGAUUGUUCAUCUAGCGACGCGACUGAACUGGACAUAUGUGGGAGUAGUGUACGACAACAGCCUUGAGGGAAAGUACACGGCAGACCUUCUUGAAAAAGAGGCCUUAGACAAAUUUGUCUGUAUCGGUAAAAAGUAUUCGCUGGCAUCAAAUGCGAGCGAAGCACAAGUCCAGACAUUGAUUACCUCUCUGAAAGCUGAGAAAAAUUUUUCAGUGAUUGUAAUGUUGACCUCAAAGCUCCUUUUCAAGAGCAUCAUUGACGAAGCAUUUAAGCAGAAAAUUAACGAUGUAACGUGGAUCGGAACCGAUUCGUCAUGGGACAACGCGGCCGCAUUUUCGAUCGAAAAUACAGCAGCUCAAGGAAUGAUUAAAGUUGGUACGUCCGCAACGAUUGUAGAGUUUAAGAGUUAUCUUCAACAAUUGAUAUCAAAUCCUGGCCGUAACAAAUGGAUUAUGGAUAUGGUGUCCUUAGGUCCAGCCUCUCCUGAACCAGAUACGAAACCAACUGUGAGAACUACAACCAGUCCCCAGACCCAGCCACCUGCAGCUACUACUCCUCAAAAGAGUAACUCCACCGAAAAUAGUACGGCGCCUCCAUCUACAGUUCCGCCUGCACCGUCCACAUCAGCCCCAACUACUACCCCUUCUGUGGUACCCACUGUCGUCCAGUUGAACACGACUCUGCUGGAGCAACUUGUGAUUGAGUUAAAGUCGAUGGCAUACAGCGCCACCUGCACUAUUGAUUCUAUUUUUGCCGUGGCUCACGCUCUCUCCGCACGAGAAAAGUGUAAGACAAACUGCCCAGAAGUACACGACUUUCACAAGUUCAUCCAGAACGUAAACUUUACAAGCCUUAGUGGUCAAAGGGUACGUUUCGACCCUCAGAGAAACUUGAAAGAUGUUGAGUACAAAAUCGAAAUACUACAAACUCCUGGAAAUGGAUCGGCCGAAUCAGCUCAAGGUCGGACAUACCUUAAGCUCAAUUCUGUUGGAACCUGGAAGCAAUCAGGUACAAAAAACUCAGAACUGACUAUGCGACCUCUGACAGGGAUUCAGUGGAAUACAGAGGAAACCAAGGUACCAAAAUCCAUCUGCCAUGAUCCAUGCAAACCUGGAAAGUUCAAAGCCUUGAAGAAAACCCGAGGCGAGUCUGAGUGUUGUUGGCACUGCUUACCAUGCGCGGAAAAUUUCAUCAGUACAGAGGACGAGUCAUUAAAAUGCACUCGUUGUCUAUCGGGAUCCACAGCCAACGCUGCAAAGACUGAAUGCAUCACCCAUUUUGAAGACUACGUUUAUUGGAGCGACGCCGGCAGUCUGGUUAUGUUGUUCAUCAUGGUGGUGGGAAUCUGUUUUAGCAUCUACGUUGCAGUAGUGCUUUUCAGAAACAGAGACACGCCUGUGAUGCGUCGAGCCAGGAAUGCUAUGCUAGUUCUGUUGCCUUUUGUUGUUAUACUCUUCUUGAUUCCAGUCCCCCUCCUCAGUAAACCCAACACCUCCUCCUGCGAGGGUUAUCGAGCGUUCUUCAUCAUAGCACUUGGCAUUCCUUUAGCUGCCCUUAUAGCUAGAUGCAUAUUCGUUGAAAACCGGUACUACGACGCGGAGGGUCAAAUCAAGGAGAGCUGGGGACAGUGCAUUUGCACUCCGCGCAUUCUUUUUGCCAUAGCAACAGUUCUCAUCCACAUAGGUGUUAUAAUUGUCAUAGCGAUUUUUCUGCCAAACGAGAUUUUACGCCACCCCACAGAUGACCCUUUUACUGUGUACAUCGAGUGUUCCAUCCACGAGGGAUUCGGUUUCUUGGUCGUCAUUUUCUACAUCAUGGCGGUGGCCACCGUGUAUUCGAUCAUGUCCAUGAGCGAGGAAAUCACCCCCGAGAAUGACAUGGAGGUGCGCUGGACGUCGCUUUGCAUGUUUAACUGGUACGUGAUCUGUUUCCUCUACGUCACGAUUAAUUACGGCGUGAAUGGAAAAGGAAAGAUCUUUGGCUUGGCCUUUGUGGAUUUCCUAUUCGCAGUCAACAUCUUAGCUUGCAUCUACCUCCCCAAGUGGUAUGUAAUCUUGUUUCAACCAGAAAAGAACCAGGCGGACGUCUCGCCUUGGACCAUGUACGUUAAAACGCAGGAGAAAGUGUCUGUGCGUCUGUCAGGAGAGGAGUCCCCCGUGUUACCAAAACGUGACCCUCUGGCCAGUACAGCCAACGACCAUACUAAAGGACACAACGACGUGGACGUUGACAAUAAUGAGUCCAGAGGCCUUGUUUAUGACAAGGAUACGGAUGUGUAAGGACUGGACACGUCUCUAAGAUUUUAUAAUUCACCGCAGAGCGGGAAGAACUAAAACUGAUAAUAGCAAAAGGAUACUGAGAUAUUUUAAAUGUAGGUCAUAUCUGCUUUAAUUGUUUGUCGCAUUUUUUUUCUGCACUGACGAUACCUAUUGUGCAUAGCCACAAUGACAUCGUCGAAAAUUGGCCAGAGGUGAUGUCAGAAAACAAACGAUACAUUAGCGAAUAAGUAUUCAAUCAAAAAUUUUAAAACGGUCACAGAAUGCUUGCCCUGUUUGGAUGAUACAAAUUACGAAUGGCUCCGAUUUGGAUACGAAUAGGUCAUUUCGUUUGACUCGCUGCUGUUCCCACAGUUUUCUGGGUCGAUAUGGUGUCACUUCUCCUAGAAACUCAUGUUAGACAAGUCAGAAAUCUUCUUCCAGGUGGUCAGUUAGUUCGUACAGUGGUACACAGCAGUGCAAGAAAAGGCGAGAUUGUAUUUUGGAACCACUUUUAACUAACAGUUCAGAUCCCGGUUGUUCAAAGGUUGCAUAACGCUAUCCAUUGAGUAAACAUUUAUCUGGUGGAUAGCGCAGUUCGUUUUGUUUACACUUUUCCACCGGAUAGCGUUUCAUCCGUUGCAUAGUGUUAUCCCCCUUUGAACGACUGGACACAGGCUGUCAUUUCGUAGAGGUCUAGGAGCCCCGGUGAUAAUAAUGUUACAUUAGUUAAUUCUUUUUUGGAAACGAAACUGUUUUGAAUAUUUUGUAUUACUGGACUACCGAGUCUCCGACGAUUUUAAAGUACAUUCUAGGUUACUUAAGGCUAGAGUUACUAUUAGUUAUUCAGUCGUGGAGAGCUUGAGAGACAUUUUGUCUUGGAGGAUAUGGCUUAGGUUUCAACAGCCUGCAGUGCAGGCGUAUCAUUAAGGCGAGUUAACGUCACCAUAUAAGCUCGCGAUCGUUUUAUCGACCAGCCGGCCAUAUUUGAUUUUGAGUUAAAGCGGACGAUGGGGGGAGGGGGCGGAGAAAGGUGAGAAGACCACCUUACCCACCCUCCUCAUUUCUUUUGACCGUCACUCAACCCCUUGGCACGAAUUACUUUCUCUCCCCAGCCUUCUGCUGCGGUAAAAAAUCAAAGAUGGUAUACGCAAUUUUCACGAAGAAAGUACUGUGCAUUCGCUCGCUAAAACUACGCCUGAUGCGGGCUAAGGUUUCAAUAAGCGACGAAUGAACGAAAGCGUACGCGAUAGUUCCAGAUGACUUUAUGGGUAAUGGUAGUUUCGUUGUCUGAUUAAAUUCUUGAUACUACCCUUGUUUGGCGAUGGGAAGCUUGAAAGAAGAAAAAGGUCGUAAAUUCAUAGGCUCCAUUUUUUUCUGAAAAAAUUCAGCCUGUAAACUGCGAUGAGCCAAUGGUAAAGAACCUUUACCCGUGAAAUUAUCUGGCGACAUCGCGCAUGUUUCUACGCUUUCGUAGGACAACCUCUUGGCAAAAAGCUGUAUGAAUGAUAUAAUGACUCUAAGAUGUAUAAAUUUAUUCUGAAAGUGA